AUGUCACUACCCACAGACUCAGACCUCCUCACUCCCUCAGACCUCCUCACUCCCUUAGACCUCCUCACUCCCUCAGACCCACAGACUCAGACCGCCUCACUCCCUCACUCCCUCAGACCCACAGACUCAGACCGCCUCACUCCCUCAGACCUCCUCACUCUCUCGGAUCCACUCCCUCAGACCUCCUCACUGCCUCAGACCUCCUCACUCCCUCAGACCCACAGACUCAGACCUCCUCAGACCUCCUCAGACCUCCUCCCUCCCUCAGACCUCCUCACUCCCUCAGACCUCCUCAUUCCCUCAGACCUCCUCCCUCCCUCAGACCUCCUCCCUCCCUCAGACCUCCUCAUUCCCUCAGACCUCCUCAGACCUCCUCCCUCCCUCAGACCUCCUCAGUCCCUCAGACCUCCUCCCUCCCUCAGACCUCCUCCCUCCCUCAGACCUCCUCCCUCCCUCAGACCUCCUCAUUCCCUCAGACCUCCUCAGACCUCCUCCCUCCCUCAGACCUCCUCAUUCCCUCAGACCUCCUCAGACCUCCUCCCUCCCUCAGACCUCCUCAUUCCCUCAGACCUCCUCCCUCCCUCAGACCUCCUCCCUCCUUCAGACCUCCUCCCUCCCUCAGACCUCCUCCCUCCUUCAGACCUCCUCCCUCCCUCAGACCUCCUCCCUCCCUCAGACCUCCUCCCUCCCUCAGACCUCCUCCCUCCUUCAGACCUCCUCCCUCCCUCAGACCUCCUCCCUCCCUCAGAUCCACUGCUCAAAAACCACCAGUUCAAAACUUCCUACAUUUAA